AUAAAAUAAUGAAGAAGGUAGCAGAAUUCGUGAAGGAUAUAGUAAACAUGUUAAAGAGGAAGACAAGAGCCUUUAAGACACGCCUUGUUAUAUUCUCGCUGCUCCACGACAGAAACAUGAUGGUGAGUUCGUGGUCUCACAAGCUUAAGGCCAAACCAACAUCAAGAAAGCUAGAUGAUGGUGGUAAGGUUCAUGAACAAGAUCAAAACAUGGUGGUUGUUUAUAGUCACAACGCCAUGUCCAGCACUCCUGCUGCCUCUCCAAAAUAUGUACAAUAUUCGGAAGAAGAAGAUGAGGGAGAGUAUCCAGACCUGAGGCACUCUCUUUUUGAGGCAGAGGGUUCGGUGAUAGACAUGGUGAAACAUUCUAAAGAGAACAAGGGAGAAGAGUUUAAGUUGGAAGACGAGAUCGACAAAGUGGCUGAUCUUUUUAUUUCAAGGUUUCACCAACAGAUGUGGUUGCAGAAGCAAAUCUCUCUAGAGAAUAUUCAAGAUACACCAUGAUUCCAAUAUUUUUUAGAUUUUGCUUACGUUUUGUGAAAUGAAAAAUGGGACGUACACAUCAUGUUUAAUAAUUUUCAACAUGUAUUUAACAACGUCCCCUCUAUAUCUUCAUGCCCCUUGACCAAUAAUAUACAGUUUUUUCUCUUGUUA